AUGUGGCUCCUGGGCACCGCGCGCGCGAACCUCGUCUUCUUUCCCCAACCUGAAGACGUUCCUGGAGGCUAUGCCAUCCUGUCGCACACCUGGCUCGAAGGAAAGGAAGAGACAUUUCAAAAACCAUCCCGCUCGUCGCCACCAUGGUUCAACCCACGCGAUCGCCUCACUCCAAAAGUUCGAUCAUUCCUUGAGCUCGCCGAACAGCACGGGCACGAGUACGCUUGGGUCGACACGUGCUGUAUCAACAAGGAGAGCAGUGCCGAGCUCUCGGAAGGCAUCAAUUCCAUGUUCCGCUACUACGCCCGCUCCACCAUCUGCUACGUCUACCUCAGCGACGUUGGAUACUCCUACGAUGAUCCAGACGAAAUGUGGAUCUUCUUCCGAAGAAGCCGCUGGCACAAGCGGGGCUGGACUCUCCAAGAGCUCAUCGCGUCCCGCGUCCUCGUGUUCUAUUCCAAAGAGUGGAUCUCUCUGGGCACCAAGUACGAACUCGCUGAUCGCCUAAAAGAAGCAACUGGGAUCUCCGAGGCAGUCCUCCGCUUCGAGAGCCCGUUUACCGACGCGAGCAUCGCGACGCGCAUAUCCUGGGCGGCGCAUCGGGAAACCGCGAGGCCGGAAGACGCCGCCUACAGCCUCUUCGGGCUUUUCGGGGUCAACAUGCCGACGCUCUACGGCGAAGGGCGGCUCGCAUUCUGCCGGCUCCUCAUGGAGAUCUCGAAGACGUCGCGGGAUCCUUCGAGUUUUCUCUUGGGAAGACGACGGGAUCGCCCGAUCGCAGAGAGGACAAGAUGA